AUGAGAAAAUCAACAUCAGUGGUGACCAUGCCAUUGUUAUUCCUAAUUGGCCUCAUAACGAUCUAUGUAAAAUGUGUAAAGUUAGCUAAGAAAAGAAACAAUCGAGCAAUUAUUAGUUACACUAAAGAGAUAUAUCUAAAUAAGAAGAAAAAAAAAGCGCAUUAUACAAAGUUUUAUAUAUGCAACUUUACACGAAUAUUAAAAAAAGAAAAAAAAAAAUUCAAAGAAAUUUUUAAAAUAAACAGAGGAAGCGGGACAACAUGUUCAUACGAAUGGGUGGAAGGAGAUGAUAAUAUAGAAGUGAAAAUAUCUUUAGCACCGGAUGUGAAUCCAGAGGAUAUACAAUACACUUUAAAAAAUGAUUAUAUAUAUGCAAAGUUGAAAGACAAACCACAAAGUCUUAUAGAAGGAAAGUUAAAAGGUUCGGUAGACAUCAAUUUUUCUACAUGGUUUUUAGAAAAAUAUGAUGAUUAUUGCAUUAUGAACAUUUAUUUAAAAAAGAAAGAUAAGGGAAUAAACGAAUGGGUUGGAGUAGUUGAAAAGGAAAAUAUAAUACACAUACAGUAUGAUAAUGUUUCAUCAUCAAAUUCUAAUUUGGGUGCAUGUACAUACAAAAGUUUGAAUCCAAAUGAAUUACUAUAUAGUCAACAUUUUGAAAAUGUGAAAUAUGAUGAUAUAUACAAUUUUCUUCUCAACUGGGCAAAUACAAAAUCAAAUAAUCAAAAUGAAUUUGGUAUCCCUAAGAUGAAAUUAAAAACUACAGUUAUGAACAAUGAACAUGAAAUUGAAAUUAUCAUUUUAGGUUAUAACUUAAAAUGGGAAGCAGAAGAUAGCAUAGUUCUGAAAUUAGCUUCUUCACAUAAUGGUGUAGAAUUAAAUGUACACAGAGGUAAUGUAGCUAGUGGUAUUAGAGGAAUUCAUGGAAAUAUGGUUAGUUUUCUUGUUAAGGAAUGUGAACAAAGGAUCAUUAAAAAGCUUCAGCAUGAUUUGAAAGGUGUUUUUUAUUUAAAUCCUUUGUCUAAAAAAGCUGAAGACAUGAUGCAUAAACAUUGUCCACAAAAUAGCUAUAACUAUGUAAUGAAUGGUCAUGGGAAGCCAAAGCAUAUCUCCAUAAAUCGUGAUGAACCCAAUGAUCAAAUGGAAAAUGGAAAAAAUAUAAACAAUGUAUGUAACACUGAGAAAAAAGAAAAUGAAGAAAAUAUACAUAAGAAGAACGAAAGAACAGAAUUGAAAGAAAUCAAAAAAGAUUCUCCAGAAGAAGAAUUGAUUGUGGAAGAAUUAAAAUUAAAUUCUAAGGUGAAUCUAACAUGUGAAGAUAAAUCGAAAGAACCUGAAUUUAUGAAAGAUUGGUCAGAAGAAAAAAAAGUAGAAUUUAGAAGAAAUUCAGUAUUGGAAUUAAAAAAAAAUUUAGAACUUUCUCAAGAAAAUAAACUCACGAUGAAAUUGGAGGAUUACAUAAAUCACAUGAAAAUAUCUUUUGAUUUGACUGAAGAAGAGGCAAAAUUGGUUUGGAAAAAGGGAAUGGCCAAAUCGAAUGAGCAUAAAAACAGAGAGCGUUUUUACAGAUUCAUUGAGGUAGAAAAUCUUACUGAUAAGAUAAGUAUGUAUGAAAAAAUUCCCGAAAAAGGUAAUGCAAAUCCAAGCAUUGGUAGUGGCCACCAUACAAGUGAAGAAGAAUAUUCCUACCGCUAUGCAAGUCAGGGAGAAAAACCUGGGAGCAGAAUUUCUGUGCAUCCUUUGAGUGUAGAAUCUAAUCCAGAUAAAUUUCCCAAUAAAGGAAAUCUGCUUAAUCCAAACAAUGUUGACUUCCACUUGAAUGAGCAGAAGGAGAAAAAUCAAACGAUACACAAUAUUGAUGUUAUCGAUUUAACUAAGAAGGAAAAAAUUGACAAGGUGGAAAACAAAUUCAAAAGUGAAAAAAAGGAAGGUAACAUUAACAGACGAUUCUUUAACUGCCUAGAAGAGGAAUUACUAGAUCCAGAAGACAAAGAAAAAUUGACUUUGUAUGAAAUAUAUGUGAGAAGUGAGAAAGAGGAAAAACGAGAAAUGAGAGAAAAAUGGAAAAUAAACGAACUCAGAUUAAACACUCUGACACAAGAAUUAGCUUAUGCAGAUGAUGAUAUGAUUCCAACAGUGUGUAAUAAUUAUCGAGAUUUGCUUCUAAGUGAUGAAUAUGCAUGCUUGAUGAAAUUAAGGUUAGAAGAAAAUCCACCAAAAAAUAAAGAAGAACAGAAAAUUUUACAUAUAAUUAAUUCCUUUGCUAUGAGUCUAUAUGAUGAUAUAAAAAUAAUUAUGGAACAUGAAGAAAAGGAACAUUUAAAAAAAAUUCAACUGAUUUGUGAAAAAGCUGUAUAUGAUGAAAAAGGAUUAAAUGAAUUUAUUGAAUCCAUGAAACCUCUACUCGAUUAUUCAUUCUUAGGAUAUAUAAAACAUGCUAUAAAAAUGGAAAAAAAAAGAAUUAAAAUGCAAAAUAUUGAUUUCCGGGAAAAUCCGUCUGAUUGGUUAAUAAUUUUAAUGAUUAUACAAAAAGGAAUUUAUUCUAUUUUAGAAAAAGACAUAUGGCAAGAUGUUAUCAACAUUACAACUAUUAUCUGUCAUGAUCAACCAAGUGUCAGAAAAACAAUUCUUACAACUAUGCUUGCAUCCAUGCCUAAAGCAGAUUGGAUCUUUUUCAAAGAUGUUAUUAAAACUAUAUAUAAAUGUGUUCAAGAAAAAAAAAUAACUGCCAAUCAUUUUCCUGAUUUCCCACAUAUUCCUGAAGCUAUUUUUCAACUAAACUAUGACAUAGAACAAGUUUUACCAGAUUGGUUCAUAAAAGAAAUGCUUGAUCAGUAUGACAAAUCCGUAGUGGAAUUGAUGAAAUCUAGGAAACCCCUUUUCUGGAAAAUGAAGGAAACAAAAUGGGAUAAAAAUUUUGUGCAUAAUUUUAAGCAGUUGCAAGUUGAGAAGUAUCACCAAUAUGAAAAGUGUCUGGAGGGACCUGAUGAAUAA